AUGACUGAAAGAAAAUUUGAAUUCAAUAAUAAUAAAAUAGCAUUUCAUUUAUUAUUUACAUUAAAACAAGGAUUAACCAGAUUUAUUGAUGAAUUAAUAGUAGAAAUGAAAGCUGAAAGUAAGUUAUUAGAGAGUGUUGGAUAUUAUUCAAAUUCGAUUAAAAUAUUUUCUGACCCUGAUGGAAUAAAGUCAGUUGGUUCAAUACUUUCAAUUGAACCUAUUGAAACAAAUUAUAAAGUCAAAUUUACUAUGGGAACAAUCAUUAAAGAAAUAAUUCUUAUAGAAGGAAAUACUUUGAGCAGUAAAACUAAAGCAACACUUAUAGAAGAAUAUAACAAAAAAUUAGAAAAUGUUAUGAAUCAAAUUUGUGAAUUAAGACAAAUGAUAUUGAAGUCAAGUGAAAAAAAACCUCUACAAAACGAAAUAAAGAAAAUAGGAAAUGACGAUUUAAUAAUUAACGAAUUAAUACCUCGAAUUAUCUAUUGUGAAGAAAACAUUAAAAUCAAUGAACAGACAACUUCUUUUAUAAAAGAAAAAUUUAUGUUAAUUGAAAAAAGAAUAAAUGAAAUUGAAAAUAAAAUUAAUUUGAUAAACAGUACUACAAAUAAUUCAAAUGAAAAUGAAAAACUUUUAAAUGAUAUGUUUAAAAAGAGAUUAACGGAAUGUUUAUUAAAAACUAAUGAUUGUACUAAUGAAUUGGUUGAUGUAAAAAAGAAAAUUUCUAUUUCUAUUAUGGAUAAUGACAAAAAAUAUACAAAAAUUUUAGAAGAUAUUACUUUAUUAAAAAACAAAUCAACUCAAACAGAAAUUUCGUUAUUAAAUAUUAAUCAAAAAUUAAAUUCUCUCUUAUCAUCACAAAUUCAAAUAACAAAAUCCAAAACAGAACCAACUCUAAUUAAUUAUAAAGAUUGUGUCUCAUCAUCUCAAGUAGAAAAAGUUGAUAAUCAAAUUCCUAAAUUAGAACUUCAUCAAUCAAAUAAUAAUUAUUUACAAUCUCAACAAAAAACUCCUCGUUUAGAAUCAGAAACUAAGAAAAAAAAAGGUGAAUAUAAAACAGAACCACAACCAUCUGUUUUAUCUUCUCCAAAAGAUCAACAACACAAAACAAAAUCAAAAAACAGUCUCUUGAGUAAACCAACAGUUCCAGCAGUAGUAACUCCUCCAUUAGAAGAAAAACAAAAAUUGUCCAAAGGGAAAAAAUCAAUAGAAACUCAUUCAGAACCUUAUCUUAAUACAUCAAAAGAACCAGAGCCAAAAAGAAAACAAUUACAUAAAAUAAAAAAGUCAAUUUCAAAAACAUUGAAAACAUCUACACAAAGUACAGGAAAUGAUGAUAUUAAAAAAAUAAUAGAAACAAAUCCUGGUGUAUUAAAUGAAAUAACAAGUAUUUAUAAAGAAACACCAAAACGUAAAACAAAAAGAAGUGAAACAAUAAAAACAAAACCAAAAAUGUCAGUCAUAGAUCCAGAUAAUCUUAAAGAAAACUUUGAAAGAAAACAAAUAAUAAAAGAAAAAGAAAUUAUUCAAAGUAAAAGUAAAAAUGAUUUAAUUUUUAAAGAACUUAAAGAAGGAGAAAUUAUGCAUAUUAUUUGUAAUGAAAGUAAUCCAGAACAACAACAAAUAAUAAAAUGGCUUAUUAACACUGUAAAAACUAAUAAUUUUUGGGAAGUAUUUGAUGAACAAGAGCCAAAAGGAAUUAUUAUUGUUUGUACAAAUAAAAAAGAAGGAUUAGAAAUGAAAAAUCGAGUAAGAAAAUUAUUUGGAGAUAUCCCAAUUCAAUUAAUUGGGUUAGAAGGUGAAACAACAAGUGUAGAAGGUUUUAUUAAAAUAGACUUUCAUAAUGGAGAAGUAACAGAUGAAAAUGAAUAUAUUCUUCAAGAAUUUAAGAAAUGGAAUUAA